UAAAUCAGUUAGUUACUGGUAUACUGCAGUAAAGAUAUUUUCUGCUACCACAAAAAAUUGACGUGAGAACUUUGCUUCAAAAUGUUGAUAACUCGUUGUUGGUAUGACUGAAAAAUAACGGCACAGAAUAACGGUUCAUGCCAUGUUGGUAAGGCGUUUUGUUGAUGUUGAAAAGUUGGUUGAAGCCAAAGAACACCAAAGAGUUGUAACCUGGUAGAUGUAGUUCCGAGUGGGAGAUAAUAAAUUGUGCAUGAAUAUACGGUGGUGUAUGGGUUAUGUCAAUUUGCGUUUUGUUGAAAAAGUGGUUUGAGUUUGCUUUUUGUUAUUUCCUCAAAGCUUCAAUUGUCUUUUGUAACGUAUAUAGAAAUAAUUUCUAUGGCUGUUACUCUUCAUACUGAUAUUGGUGACUUGAAGAUUGAAUUAUUUUGUGAAUAUUGCCCCAAGUCAUGUGAGAAUUUUCUGGCGUUAUGUGCUAGUGAUUACUAUAAUGGUUGUUUAUUUCAUCGAAACAUCAAAGGAUUCAUUGUUCAGACUGGUGACCCCACACACACAGGCAAAGGAGGAAAUUCUAUUUGGGGGAAGAAAUUUGAAGAUGAAUUCAAAGAGGACUUGAAGCAUAGUGCACGAGGGACUGUAUCAAUGGCUAAUAAUGGCCCAAAUACUAAUGCUAGUCAGUUCUUUGUCACUUAUGCUGCACAUCCCCACCUAGAUUUGAAAUACACAGUGUUUGGAAAGGUUAUUGAUGGAUUCGAUACAUUAGAUGAAUUAGAGAAGUUACCGGUGAACCCUAAAAAUUACAAGCCAUUGACCGAGACUAGAAUAAAUAAUAUUACAAUCCAUGCAAAUCCUCUUGCUGGAUGAAUCACUAUUGAGGAUUGUAAUGAAAUUCUUGGUCAAAGGAGAAAAAAACAAAAAAUUGCUGCCUUCUUUUUUACCAUGGCCAAUGGGGAAAGAGAUUAAUUUUGACUACUAAAUAGGUCUACCAAUCAGUGAAUGGAAAGUAAUAAAGUCUGAUUGCACUUAUUUGUAUGUACAUUGUAUAUAAAAUAAAAGUUUUGAAAUGUAUGAAGAUUUAAGGAAAGAUAAUGCUACUUCUACUCACAUUCAUAUUUAUGACACUUAUAACGUUAUAAAUGCAAAAGUCUGUAAGUACAUUCAAUAAUCCACUUGUUCACUAUGUCAGGUACUUGAAUUCAUGCAUUCUUGUGUGCUAGAGAAUGCCUUCUACAGUUAAGAGAAGAGGAAGAACAGGACAAUGUGCUUGCGCCACUUCCAGUUAUCACAGGAACUUAGUCUCUCAGAGAGUUCAUCUUCAAAUGUUCACCAUCACACUACCAUUCUUAUGAUUGUUCCUCUAAUUUCUUUUAGCUUCUCAGAGGUAGUUGCAUUAGAACCUGAAUAUCACACUUAGCACAGUUUUUACUUCAUCCUUGACUGUUACAACUUCCAUUGCCAACAAUCAAUUGCUUUACCAAAUGUGUAUAAAACUGUAUGUAUUUACAACUGCAACAUCAGUUGCAAACUUGUCAUAUCCUUUAUACAGAAUAAUACAUUGCAUAGCAAUGCAAAGGAAAAUACAAAUCAUUAUAUAUCCUUACAAAAUGUUUCAGCUUGUUAACAGUUGGGCAUUUUUUAUGCAAUUUGACAUGAAAAUAGAAUGAAGUAAAUGUUAAUAAUAUGACUAGUUAUGUUAAAUAUCAAGAUCUCACAAUGAGCAUUUUGUUGUAUUUUUUUUUCUUUUUCUUUUAUCAAAAGGAGGAUUAAUAACCUAAGAAUUAAAUUAACCAUCGUAUAAUUAUUCAAAAGGCAUUUUGAAGACUUCCAUAUUUUCGCAGGCAGCACUCGUGAUAAGCUAAAUUGAACAAUAACUUGUACGAUCAGGGCAUUUUACCUCGAAUUAAGAUUUAAAAAAUGUUUAGUUCGUUCCCUGUUUUACUUGUCUCUACAAGUUUAAUUCAGGAUAAAAUUGUGUGUUUAAAGAUUUAAUAAAUGGAAUAACAUUUAAUGUGUAAUAGCCCAAAUCUGAAACAUUAUUUGUAUGGUUAAUGUACAACAAUUUCUUAAAUAUUCCAUAAAAAGAAAUUGUCAACAAAGUUGUACACCCAAGAUUAACGAUUACAAUGAAGGUGUUUUAUUGCUGCUAUUAAAUAACCAUUUAUGACUACAUUGUCAUUCAUCUGAUUUUCUUACUUUCUCUUGAAAUAAUAUAACAAAAUUAGGAUUGUUUAGACAUGCAUGAAGUGUGGAGUCCAUGAAAAUAUGCUCAGUUAAGUUCAUAAAUUAAUCCUUGUUUUAUGGAGCCUUCAUUACUGAACCUAAUGUUUUAUAUUGUUUAUUAAACUCAUGUCUUCCCCAUCCCAUUAUUCAAAAUUUAUGCACUUUCCACACUUACAUGAAUCUUUUAAGUGUUUGAUAUUAUAUUGUGAUUAAAAGUGACAUUUGACCAAUAAUCAGCUGUGACAUGGUUAUCCAAUCGGGAGCUUGAUUUCGGGAAACCAAAAUUUAAAUCCUAACGAAGCUCCUGAUUUGAUUAAUACAUCCAUCUGAUCAUUGUCAGAAUCCAC